ACCCUGCACACCGUGUCCGUCAAACGUGCUAAGGACAAGAACAAGGCGUGUGCAUGUUUCAAUAGGCCAAAAGUUUAGUUACACAGUAUUGCAAGAAAUAAUUACUGAACUAUUUAACUAUUCACUAUUAAUUUGUAUAUAGUUAGAUCUGGUGCUGAAUUUACAUUUGUUCAGUGUAAAAAAAGAAGAAAAGUAAUGGGUAUUAAGUCCCUUCUACGCGUUAUUGUUCUAAUAUUGGCUGUUCUGAAAUCGACCAUUGCUACAAGUGAAGUUCGAAACUUCUGCGUUUGGACGAAAGUCACAAACUGCCAGACCCAUUACACUUUCCUUAGCCAGAACCAGACCCAGUCGUUACUCCGCCUAUACCACCUUGUCUGGUCAAAUGAGCACUCUAUGGUCAACUGUGUCUGGAAUGAUGAAUCUUCUGUUACCGCGAACUACUUGGAUCUGUGUUGGAAGCGCGAGGGAGAAUUCACCGGACGCCCUGACAGUCACUUCGAAAUCAAUAUGAUGCUCGAAUCAUGCGCCGCAUUUAACCCUCGAACAAUUGCGGAUCGCACGAAACACUCUGGAAAGAGGCACAUACGAAGUGCGGAAGGUCACUACAUUGUGGGUGCUUCAGUCCAGAAACUUCAUGGCGACAGUGACAGAUCUGGGGGAAAGACGCACCGACGCCUGAAACGUGGUUUUAUUGUACCUGGAACUCUUUGGUGUGGAGCUGGGAACAAGGCAUUGUCAUACAAAGAUUUGGGUGUCUUUUCUGACACUGAUAGCUGUUGCCGUGAGCAUGACCAAUGUCAGGACACCAUCCUGUCCUUUCAAUACAACUAUGGAGUCUUCAACAAAAACAUCUUCACCAUGUCCCACUGCAACUGUGACAACAAGUUUCGCGAGUGUCUGUUGGCGGCUCAGGACCGAAUAUCAAAUGUUGUGGGUUACACAUUCUUCAACCUACUGAAAAUGAAGUGCUUUGACUUUUCCUACAAGCUCCAGUGUGUUAAGAGAAACUGGUUUGGAAUGUGUCUGGAGGAAGACAUGGCUUUGUAUGCUGUGGUGCAUCCAGCCACUGUGUACAACUACUCAAACACAGACUCUGAAGAAGACGACAUGGCUACUGCCGCUAUCAACAUAACCAUCACCUCUAAUGCCAAACUCACACCAGACUCCCAGAAAAGCAGAACCUCAGACUCAGGGUUCUUCCCCACCUUUGAUGUAGUCACCCACACUAGAGCUGCCUCACCAGGCCUAUCUGCCUCAGCCCCUUCCUCCCAUACUACAGCCUCUGCCUCCCCCACCCUGUCUUCCUCAGACCCAGCUAUCCACACUUCAGCCCCUCCCUCAGCAUCUUCAUACAGCACUGCUCCUGCCUCCCCAGCCUCUCACAAUUCAGCUCCAGCCUUCCACAGCACUCCUGCCUUCCCAGCCUCCCACACAGAAGUGUCUGACUCCCCAACCAUCUCCGCUACCUCUGAAGCAGAUGGUAGCUCCCAAGCCCUGACCACACUGGAGAGCGAGACCGCCUCCAUGCCAGUGUGCAAUCAGGAGACGGACACAAUGCCAUUUCAAAUUAUUUGUGUCACCCACACAAUGAAAGCCAACUUCUCUAAUAAACUUGUGGAAAGAGUCACAGCAAAUAUAGAUAAACCACAGUCCUGUGAGGUUUACCACGACCUGGAUACGUGCAGGCUGAAGAUCCCUCCGCAGCAGGAGAGAUACAGCUUCUAUAACUCAGAGUCCAGGAGCUUGUACCACUGCAACUGCACUAGCAGACUCUUCCAGAGGCUGGGUCAACAGAGGAAGCUGAGUGGGUUACUGCCUGUCCUGCUGGACGAUGUGUCUCAGUCCUGCUUCACUUUGCAGCCACAGCACUGCACUCAGCAGUCAAGCUGCACAGCAGUUCUGGUCCAGCCCCUCCUCUCCCAGCUGGAGCAGCAGCAGCCAAGCGGUGGAGACAUGGUUGAAGGACGCCACCUAGAGAUCAUGAGGCUGCAAGUCAGGAGGCGCAACAUGAGAAGGACCAAGCGAAAGGGGCGCCCAGUUAGACUUUAUAAGCAAUGUCUUAGGAUGACACAGACCAAGACAAAGAAGCUUCACCAGCAGGGGGCACACUCCAGCCUCUCUUGAAUAUUGUGAGGGAAAUCACUUGUGAAUGUUAAUGGACAUUCAUAUUGAAAGCGUGCAUGCUUUACACCGGAUUUAACUUAAGAAAGUAUAACAGGGUAAUCAAGUAUGUAAAUUGUGCCGGUGUGUGUGUAGUAGAUUAACAUGGCGUUUUAUUGGUUUUGUAAUACAUAACUCAUUGUACAUUGGGUGUUUUAUGAAAUAUUACAUGGAUGAAAAGUAAUUUCUCAAGUCUAACCAACAGGCCAUAGUCAACAUAGUCUACAUUGUAUAAUAUAAUUGUAAAAAUGUCUUGAAGUAAUUGUAUUUUGGUCUAACACAUUUGGAUUGUUUGUUUUUAUAUAUAACAAAGGCAGUUGCAAUGAAAUAAAACUAAA